AUGUACAUAAUAUUCCAGACUUGUAAGUAUGGUGGUGAAGGUAGUAACAGUGUUAGUGAAUUUUGUAUACUUACACUAACGAGUAGUUUUACGAGUAAAUAUACUGAGAAAAGUGGUGUGGAUAGGAUGUAUUAUAGGACUUUGAAGACAUUUAUUUUGGGAUUUAUUUUAACAUCAUUUCUACUGAUUACUCAAAUACAAGUGAUGCUUGGACUGUUGAAUCAGAGAAUGACGUUACUUGUAGCAAUGCCACCAUAUGGCGUUUAUCCCGGUUUUUGCGGUUUCCGGAGAACCUUCAAACUGUGUAUUAGUUGGAAAAGAGAGUUUCACCCGUAUUUAGACGCACUCAGUCGUGUUAAACCAUGUUUAGUUGUAUUAUGUACAGCCGUACGGCGGAAUGUACAAGACUGA